UGCUUGGGCGUGCAGCCCCGCCCGCGAAAGCAACCCCCCUCGCCCCAGGAACCAGCACGCACGCAUCCUCCAUGCCGCGAAGCGAGCGUCCGCAUGGCUGCUCUACAAUCGAUCGGCGUCCGCAAGCCCGCCGCGCUGCCGUACCUCAUCGCUGAGGCCAUCCUCCCCGCCGACCCCACCGAGCGCGACUAUGUCUGGGAGACAUACCACGAGAGCCCCGACGCGCCUGAGGACGAGGUCGUGACCACCCAAUACCAUGCGGUCUGGGCCCGUGGAGGCGUUGUGCGCAAAGUGUUCAACUUCACCAUUGAGAAAGAGCGAGUCGUCCAGGCGCUGCUUACCUGGUUUCCGACUGAAGAAGCUGUCUCUGCUGCUCCAGCCGACACGCCAGACGCCGCACCGAGCUGGACCCAUCUCACUCAAGGGACCCAGCCGGCGACAGACCCAAACUCGCCUGCCGACCAAGCCCCGCGCACAGUCGAGGGCAGAUCGCGGGCGCUGGUGGUGAUACUCAAAUCUCAAGCCCACGUUUUCUUUCUUUCAGGCGCCACACAUGUAGUCAAUCUCCCAUUCGAGGUCGAACGCGCGUUUCCUGCCGCCCGCGGCCUCUUGCUGCAGAGGAAGACAGCACCUUCACAGCCUGUGCCGGCAAGCCCGCAGGUGCCUUCUGUCCCGCCCAAUUCAUUUCUGUCCAACCCUCAACCCUUCUUGUCCCAGAACUUCUCGCAGAGUUUCGGCCAGCCCUUUCGCCGUCAGGGCUCCUCUUUGGGGCCGUCGCGACUGAGCUUGGGCGCAAGGCAGGUCCAGACACCCUGGUAUCUGGAAGAGCUGGCAAGGGGAUCCACGGCAUCCCACACCGAAGGCCUGCCGAGACUCUACUCGUUCACUGAUCCUCUUGCUGAACUAGGUCUUGUGGUUCAUGCUGUUCCGGGCAAUGAGAGGGGCAGCCUUCUAACCUUCAAUGGCUCCGGCCAUCGGAAAUUGGAGGCUGUUGACAAAGCAGAAGAAAUCAUAUACGUCUCGCCUCAGAAUGAGGUGCUCUUCGAUCGAAGCGGAAAUGACAAACCCUUGCUCUUGGUCGUCACAGCAAACUAUGAGACGAAUGUAUUUACCAUCUGGUCGGCUGCCUACCUCGAGCCUAAAUCAAUCUCCCAUUCUCGGAAACAUCAUGCGCCUCAGUCUGCUGCGAAGUUACGUCGCCGUAGUUCGUACGGUCCCACCGCCCCAGGUACCGGUGCGACGACUCCAGCUGUCCGAGGACACGAUAGAGUGAGAGAGAGCUUCGGCGGCACACGAAGUAAAACGCAGACUUCUUCAUUCCAGAAGAGCACACAGACAAGGGAACGUCUCUCUGACCAGGCUGUGGAAGAUGCUCUUGCGUCACGGCUCAAUCCAGAUUUCGAUCCUACGCGCCAACAGAAGGAGUCCAGGCGAGUCAGCUCCCUGCUGUCCCGCACUGAACUCUCCACAAGUUUUGAUAAAACAGCUUUCCAAGAUAUGGCAACCCAGCGCCACAGCCUGGGUGGAAGUUUCUCGGCCUCAUUUGGUGCCAGUCAACGAAGUCGGCUUUCUUUGGGCACCGAUCGCACAAGCUUUGGGGGGUAUUCGCAACAUCGCCAUCGGGCAUCUACUCCUGGGAGCAUAACCUCGCGAAUAAGCUUGAGCAAUGUUUCAAUGGACGACACGUUUGACGAAACCAUGGACGACACGUUUGAUACCAUCGAAGACUACGACGAGCUUGACGAUCUCUUCGCACCGCUUGAGGCCAAUACUGACCAAGGAUCCAUUGAUGGACUCCGAAAGGAAUUAGUUAUGACGGAAGUUGCCAGGAUCCCGGUGCAGCAAUAUCUUCAAGCUGGUCGGUUUGCCUUACGAGACUUUGCAUCCUCCUCCAACCCCAUAGCAAAGGCAGUUUUAUCAGCAGCACCCUUCAAUUCUGCAACAUUACACGAGCGAAAGACGUAUAUGUACCUCAUACAUUCUUCCCUACGGCACCCCUUGGAGUGCGAACUUGCAAUUACCCGGAAGCGGUUGUCGCCCUCUGCUGCUGCUUCUCAGUCCGGAGGAUCAAACAGUGCGCCUCCGCGGUAUGCGUGCGUUCCGAGAUUCGUCCAGUUGAAAGAGUUGGAUGGAUGUCAGGAUCUUAUCAAAGUGGGAGACGGACACGUAGAACGUGUUGUGUCUCUCACUUUAGACAAUCUGGGCACGCGCUGCCUCUCCGUUUCGGCAGGCUGGGGCACUCAUCUACCCUCCAAGUUUAGCAUAGACACUGUCAGACUGUUUAGCCCUUACGCAAUUCUUCAAGAUGAGCAGUCAAGAGUGACAGCAGGACUCAAGAGAACCAUCACUCUUUCAAAACCACUGCAGCGGCUGGUGUCGGCUGGUCCAAAUGGGUCGUUUGACAUUGUGGAUGGAGAGGGGCGAAGACAUCAGACCCAGAUCCGUCUUCAACCAGCGGAUGCACUAGUCACAGAUCUCUUCCGUGUCUUACGAACCAUUCUACCUAACCAUACUGGCGAUCUUCUGCUUGAUGUAUGGUGGGACAUACGCAAAGACCUCUCGAAGCAGCAAGCCUCUUUGGCCAACGCCGACUGGUUAGCCUUCGUUGCAACGCUGUUCACCUUGGCAACACCUUUUAUCGACGAGAGGACGAGAAAGCACACUCAGCGUGGGCGUUCCGGUCUCAGACGCAACACCGGCCGUUCCCAAGACCAUAGCGAGGACGCCGAAUCAUCGGCUUGGAGGUUAAUGUGCAACCGUCAAUCUACAGCACCACAUGCAAAGGCCUGGAAAUCUGCUCCCUGGGAGUGGGUGCAACACUCGAAACCUGCCUCUGUCAGCACCAGCAUGAGUCCGCCGUCCAAGCGCAAGUCCCUUGAUCAGCUGCCACCGAUCUCGAAACAGAUUGCAUGCAAGGAAGAUUUACUCAUUACCAGUGCUGAACUCGCACGCAAGUUCAAUCAAUCAGCAAUGGGGAAAGUAGCAAGUGGCCAUUGGCAACAUUUGUCUCCCUCUGGGAAGCAGGACCUGCGCAUCUCAACACUAUCCGAAGCCAUCGUUAUUCUGCACCUUUUCCGUGAGGAACUCAAGCUAAGUGCCCUUUCCUCCGAUGCUUCGACCUCGAAGAUUGGCAACCUGGCACCUGUGCUUGCCCAACUCGGACACUGGCUACGUUGGGAUCUGUGGGGUCGUCGGCAAGGAGGCUACUACGACCUGGACGGAGCAUCCGGAGAGGAUUGGACAUACGAAGAGUCCAGUUUCCUACACAGUGUAAGACUGCAUACUCAGCCGUGGGAAGCACCGCCUUCAAUAUUAGAAUGGAUCAGCACUGUCGCAGGUGCUCAGGUCUGUGUGCCCUUCCCCACACUGGCAAAACUCGUCCAGAAAUCCAAAGCUUCUCCACACUCAUCAGUCAACAUAGACGAGGUAAUUUCUAGUGUGACCCCUCGGACAGUUGCUCUGCAGAAGUUCUUCCGAGAGCUGGAUGCAAGCGCGGGUCCCCGGAAAGCCGUGGAGCUCAUCGAACAGUGCGGCCUCAGUACCCAAAUACUUUCCACCUUGCCUGAAUCUGCGCAAGCGCCUCUUAUGGAAGCAAUCACCAGAUGUCAAGCAAAUCCUCCCGCGACGUGGUCCGGGUCGUUGCUUCGACUUAUAGGAAGAGAAGAUCUUGACCUCACAUUAGCGCCACUGCAUGACUCUACGCAAGAGUCACACCUGUACAGCGGUUCCACAGACGCCUCCCUGCAGCCAGCAUCAUCCGCACGAGACAUCCAUACCAUCUGUGAGAAUGCCGAGCGCUCUGAGGGGCUGAUAUCAAUGGCAGAGUCCGAUCGUCACGCCAUCACCAGGCUAAUAUUCCGAGAAGAUCGCCGUUACAUGGAAGCACAUACACUAGUGGAACCGAUGAAGCCGUCAAUUGCGUUCUAUGGAUAUGACCAUAGAGCUGACGAACAAGCCAUAUUGGAAGGACAAAAGAUACUCGUGCAGUGGGUCAUGGUUCGCACGCUUGCGCUUCCUGUCGGCAGCUCGAUGUUGAAGUUUAGCAGCAAGAAGCCUCUCUUGACCGAAAAGUUCUUGUUAGCCGGCUUUUCGACGUCCUGCAUCAUGAAGCCCAUGGGCAAUGUGGUCACAGCUGAUCGCACGACUUACUCAGAAGAAAAGUUCUUCUGGGCGUUCUUCAACCAAGGUGUUUCAGCCGGGCUGAGCAUCUCAAGGGAUGCGCAAGGUAUAGACACUUCUUGGAUCAUGUAUAACAAACCUGCCGAAGUCUCGAACAGGCAUGCCGGACUGCUGCUCGGUCUAGGCCUCAAUGGCCACUUGAAAACCAUCGCCAAAUGGCUCUCUUUCAAGUACCUCACACCCAAGCAUACGAUGACAUCGGUUGGUUUGCUGCUUGGUCUCUCAGCAUCAUACAUGGGCACCAUGGACACACUCGUCACUCGGCUGUUGUCUGUCCACGUAACGCGUAUGUUACCACCUGGAGCGGCUGAGCUGAACCUGUCACCUUACACUCAGACCACGGGCUUGAUGGGCAUCGGCUUGUUGUACUACAACACUCAGCAUCGCCGGAUGAGUGAGGUGAUGUUGUCUGAGGUUGAGCAUGUGGACGAACCAGAUCCAUCUGAGCCUCCCGACGGUCUUCGUGACGAAGCAUACCGAUUGGCUGCUGGAUUCGCCUUGGGAUUUAUCAACAUUGGCAAAGGCAGAGAUUUACUGGGACUACACGAUAUGCGGAUCGUAGAGCGUCUUCUUUCGGUCGCAGUAGCCCCAAAACCGGUCAACGUUGUGCACAUCCUUGAUCAAGCAACGGCUGGAGCAGUGAUAGCCAUCACACUCAUAUUCAUGAAAACACAUGACGAAGCGGUCGCCCGUAAGAUUGACGUGCCAGACACUCUUCCUCAGUUCGACUACGUCCGUCCUGACAUCUUUCUACUUCGGACGCUCGCGAAGCACCUUAUCAUGUGGGACAAUAUCCACGUCGACAAUGCGUGGAUUAUCAAGAACCUCCCGCAAGAAUAUCACGAGCACCACAGCCUACGAAACAUAAACAAACUGCGCAGCGAGCAGAUGCCCUUUUUCAAUAUCUUGGCUGGGCUUCUGUGGAGCAUCGCUCUAAAACACGCGGGCACAGGCGACGUACAAGUCCGCGACUUCCUCAUCCGAUACCUAGACCAGUUCAUGCGCAUCAGCAGACUACCAGCUCUUCGCUACGACUCUCGCCUCGCCCGUAACACCGUCCGCAACUGCCAGGACCUCCUCGCCCUCUCCGUCGCCACCGUCAUGGCCGGUACAGGCGAUUUGGCGCUUUUCCGACGUCUGCGCGCUCUCCACGCCCAAGUCGGCCCCGAUAUCGCCUACGGCUCACACCUCGCGGCGCAUAUGGCGAUCGGUGUUCUCUUUCUCGGCGGUGGCACCUACACCUUCAGCACCUCUAACAAGGCUCUCGCCGCCCUCAUAUGUGCUUUCUAUCCCAUCUUCCCCACUGACGUGCAGGACUCCCGCGCCCACCUCCAGGCCUUCCGCCACUUCUGGGUGCUGGCAGCUGAACCGCGCUGCCUUGUUGUCCGCGAUGUGGAUACGGGUAAAGCCUUCACUGCUCCCAUACUUGUCCACACGAGCGAUACACCGCCCGACAAGCCACUCGCCAUGACAGCGCCCUGCCUCCUCCCUGAUCUGCACACCAUCGAGCGCGUCGAAACGGCCGAUCCGGCCUAUUGGCCCGCGACACUCGCAUUUACGCUUAACCCCGCGCAUCUAUCGCACUUCCGCGCGACCCAGACGCUCAACGUGCGCCGCCGCGCCCCGCACGACAUGGAAGCCACCACCUUCGCGGGGACGCUCGUCGCGCUCAACGACGCCGCCUCUAAGCGCGCCGCAGCCUCCAUGUGGCACUGGCUCUUCAGUCUGCCUUCCCUCUCGGCGUUCUCCAAAGCAGACGUCGGUCUAAUCCUCCCCGCAGACCCGCACAGCAGCGCGUUCCUAGAUGGCGGGGCCACGGUUGUGGACCAUAGGCUCGUACUCCAGCGGUUGGGCGGGAAUGCCAAAAAGCGUUUCAUGGCGCGACACAAGUUCAAGGAUCUCAUCUCCAAGUACUGCAUGGAUGACUUCAGGCCAUUCAAACUUUACUGUGACGACCUACAGCUUACGAACAUGUUCGCGGAUCCGGACAUACUACGGAUAACUGCGGUGCUGGAUUGGGAGUUCACGGAUACGAUGCCUGCGCAGUUUGCGUAUGGUCAACCGUAGUGGCUUCUCCUCUUGGGACCGAACAUGUGGCUGUGGAAGCAUUCGAUGGAAAAGUUUGUGGUGAGGUAUGGGCCGAGAUUGGAACAGUUCUUGCGCGCGUUGCAGCGGGUAGAGGGGAAGGCGGAUCUUGGGG